AUGAAAGCCCUUUUAAAUGAUCAAAGUAAAUUUCAGAAACUAGUAGUGAAGAAUGACUUGGCAGACAAGAUUGAAAAGCAAAUAAUAGAUUCGUUGAAACAAAUCAAACAACAGGGUUUCAUCUCAGAAAAAGUGUUCGAAAUGUUAAAACCUACAGGAACGAGAACACCAAGGCUAUAUGGCUUGCCAAAAAUACAUAAAAGUGGCUUGCCCCUUCGACCCGUUUUAGAUAUGAAUAACUCAGCCUACCACACUAUAGCAAAAUGGUUGGUGCAAAUUCUCAAACCGCUCCACAAAGAAAUUGUUAAACAUAGUGUCAAGGAUUCUUUUGAAUUUGUCAACAAUGUAAAAAAUCUAUCGCUUAAGAAUAAAUUUAUGAUAUCAUUAGAUGUAACGUCCCUAUUCACCAACAUUCCUCUACUUGAAACGGUAGAUUUUAUUUGCAAUGAAAUAACAGAGAGGAACUUAGAAACGGUAAUUCCCGUAUCCGCAAUAAAACAGCUAAUUCUUAGAUGCACAAUGAAUGUUCAAUUCCGAUUCGACAAUGAGUAUUAUAGACAAUUAGAUGGGGUAGCCAUGGGGUCACCAUUGGGCCCUAUACUGGCAGACAUUUUUCUGGCAAAACUAGAAAAUGGUCCACUCAAAGACACAAUUAGCCAUCUAACAUCAUAUUGUCGCUAUAUAGAUGAUACCUUCAUAGUAUUAGAGAAAGAACAUGAAAAGGAGAACAUCCUUAAUAUAUUUAAUAAUAUCCACCCAUCAAUUACGUUUACACUAGAAGAAGAACAGAAUGGUAGUAUAUCGUUUUUAGAUGUCCAACUAACCAGAAGAAUAGACGGAACAUUAAAAAGAGGAUUACAUAGAAAAUCUACAGUUGGACAGUACACUCAUUUCUAUAGCGCAGUGCCAAUGAAAUACAAAAGAAACCUAAUAAAGAUCCUUACUCAUCGUGCUAGAAUGAUUUGCUCUGACGACAUUAUUUUAGAUGAAUUGGCUAAUAUUCGAAACUUGCUUAGUAAGAAUGGGUAUCCAAUGAAAUUCAUCGACAAACACAUGACGGAGACGAAAAGAAGGACAAAGUUACCUACUGUUCCGAAGAAGGUACUGUUCAUAAAGUUACAAUUCUUAAAUGAUGCUACUGAAGAAAUCUUGACACAGAGGUUAAGAAGGGCAGUACAGAAAACAUUUAAUGCAGCCCGACUUAGUACCGUCUUCUACAACCGCCCCACAAUAAGAACUGUUAAUAAAGACAGAUUGCCUGAAUUCGCCACAUCUAUGUGUAUUUACCAAUUCAACUGCUCCUGUGGAGCCAGUUAUAUAGGGCGUACAAUUCGGCAAGUUCGUCAACGAAUAACAGAACACCAUCCGUCAUGGUUGAAUAAAGGACAGAUAAAGGGGAUUAAGAGUUCUAUUCUCGCUCACUUGGUGGACACAGGUCAUCAUGUUGAACUGAAUAAAGCUUUUAAGGUUAUCUACCAUAUUCCAUCAAAUUUGCCACAUGGUUUACGAGCUCGUCUAUUGCACAUAGCUGAAGCCAUCGCAAUUCAUAUCUACAAACCGAACCUAUGUAUCCAAAAGAAGUUUGUACAACCACUCUCGCUACCUUGGCCAUCGGUAUAGCGGAGUUUGUAGCAUAAUUUCGGUAAACAAUUAUCUUAUUUCUUCCAUUUUUUGUAUUUUGUAUUUUACUUAUUCUCUUCAUUCGUCUCUUGAUUCUUACAUAAUUACUAUAUUACUGACCAUUCAUCAAAAUUUUUAGUUCUUACUUCUCUUUUUUAUAUAUUAUGCAACGUAGCAACAGCUUGAUUUUCGAAUAACUACUUUGAUUAGUAUUAAUCCUUCUCUUCCAAUUAAUGUUAGUUUAUAAUCGAUGUCAUUAUAUAAUCAUUACGUAACGUAUCUACUCCAUGAGUGUUAUUUAAUUAUUGUAAAUCAUAUAUAUAUAUAUAUUAGUGUAGAGCCAUGAUGAAAAACUAAUUGAAAAGAAAUUUCUUCGCUCGAUUCGUUCCUUUUUAAUUAACAAAUGUCAAAAUGGGAAUUUUCACUUUAUUAAAAUGUUCUGAGCAUUCAUUUGCGCUAAAGGUUCUCAACGAGUAUCUGAAGUAUAGCACAAGGCUCAAUGAAGCGAAAACACAUGUUGAUUUUAUAAAGCAGUGCAUUGAAACUAACUUGUAUCCCAAAUUGUAUUGGAAAUCGUUACGUCGCUCUAGAGUUCGACCAAAUGGAAGGACUCUCAAACGCUAUGCGCUUAAUCAAAUUGAUUCUCUAAAUUCAUAUAUUACCGAGAUGUCAAAAAAUGUCAACGAGCGAAUUUACGCGGUUGAAGAGCUCCCUGUUAAGUUAAGAAAACAAUAUCUGGACUAUGUUAAGCUGGUGGUGAACUCAAGAAAAGAAAAGAAAAAUAUGAAACUUAAGAAAUAUCUAGACAAACAGGUUCCUGAAAUGAAAUUCCCACCUAAUCCAGGUCAGUAUGUACACAAUUUUUCCAGUAUAAAGCUUGAUAUGACUGAGUUAGAAGCGUUAUCAUUAGGCCCUAAGUUUUGUGAUUUUAAGAAGACUGUUAAUAAGAUGGACGUCGAAAUUCAGUUUGAAAAUCUGUAUACCCAAAC